AUGAAGAAGUUUGUCCCCCGCCAGCGAAAGCAAAAACACCGGCAGCAAGAGACUGCUGCCUCUGUGGACACCAAUGUCGCGGAGCUAGCGCCCGUCUCCAAAGACGAGAAAGAAGCCAAAAGACAGAAGCUCCGUGCGGAGCUUAGAGAUCAGCAUUCCAAUGUCUCAGGAAAGAAGCAGAAACGUCUCGACAAAUACAUUGAGAACAAAUUGCGGAAAGAAGAAAAUGUCGAGCUGCUCAAGAAGCUCGCCGAAGCCAAAGUCGAUACCUCCUUUUUACACAGCUCAAGGGAUUUGGGUAAACGUAGGAAGGAGAACGAAGGCAUUCCCGUCCCGAUCGUCGACCGAACACAGGCGAAGACUACCUCGAAAAGAGACCUCGAAGACGACAGUGAUGACUCCGAUGCCGACCUCAAGGCCUCCGACCCUGCAACAGACCCUAUCCCUGAACCGAAGCCCCAGGCUGCCGUUGGAAGUGGUCUGAAGCGCCCGCUCGAACUGGGCCCGGAUGGAUUUCCUAUAAUCAAAAAGCGGAAGCGCGCCAAUAAGCCGGCCCCGGCGCCUGCGCCAGUAAAAGAGGUUGCUUGGGAGGGCUUUGGCUCUGAUGAGGAGGAUACGAACGAUGAAGACGAGGAAAUGGACUCGGAUAAGUCAGAAAAUGAGACUAAAGAGGAUUCUGAAAAUGAAGAUGAAGAUGAAAGUUCCGAAGACACUUCCUCUGAGGGUUCUUCCGAAGAGGAUGAUGAUGAGGAGGAAGAAGAAUCGGCCGAGGAAGAAGGUCCAACUAAGAUCAAGCCCAGAGAGUCUGCAUUCAAGUCCUGGGCUAGACAGCAGAUCAAUGAAGCUGCGGACUUCAAUCCGACAAAUGGACCGAUGUCCAUGGAACAUCAGCCAGACGCCUUUGCGGCUCCCCACAAAGAACCCAAGAAUGAAGUCUAUGAAGAGGAGCCUCUCCCUCGAGAGCUUGAAGUUACUACAGGGAACCCCUUCCGCAAAGCAUUCAGCGUGAAUGUCGACCGUUCAGAGGAAAUUCAGACUGCCCGAAUGGGGCUCCCCGUCGUCGGCGAGGAGCAGAAAAUCAUGGAAGCGAUCUACAACAACGAUACCGUCGUCAUCUGGGGUGCAACUGGUAGCGGAAAGACAACCCAGCUCCCACAAUUCCUGUUUGAAGCCGGCUUUGGUAACCCUGACAGCCCGAACCCUGGUCUGAUCGGUGUCACUCAGCCUCGCCGAGUCGCAGCGGUCAGUAUGGCCAACCGUGUAUCUCAGGAACUGGGUCAGUUCUCUGAUAAGGUGUCGUACCAAAUUCGGUUUGAAUCGACCGCGUCCAAGAAGACCGCCAUUAAGUUCAUGACAGAUGGUAUUCUUUUACGUGAGAUUGCGGACGACUUUUCCCUCCUGAAGUAUUCCAUCAUCAUUAUUGAUGAAGCCCAUGAACGCAGUGUGAACACCGACAUCCUUAUUGGCAUGGUCAGUCGGAUUGUGGGCCUGCGCAAGUCAAUGAGCAAAGAAGACCCCAAUGUCCAGCCUUUGAAGGUUGUCAUCAUGUCAGCUACUCUCCGUAUCUCAGACUUUACUGAGAACGCAAGCUUGUUCCGUCAAGGACCACCACCGCUAGUGCAAGCAGAGGGCCGUCAGUAUCCUGUGACGAUCCACUUCGCCCGCAAGACACAGCGCGAUUACGUUGAAGAAGCUUUCCGCAAAGUUUCUCGUGGCCACCGCAAGUUGCCACCGGGUGGAAUGCUUGUAUUCUUGACUGGACAAAACGAAAUCCGUCAACUUGCUAAGAAAUUGAAGGGGGCGUUCAAACCCACUGUGCGGGGAGACACUGCCAGCGCAAAGGUAGAGAUAUCCGCUAAUGAUGCGCCCCUUGAAGCGGAGGAUAUAGAGCUUGGAGGCACCGAAAUGAACGAUAAUGCCGACGACUAUGACGACGAGUUUGAGAUUACUGGCCUGGACGAUCAGGAUGAUGAAGAUGAUGGUUUCGACCUUGGCGAAGAUGCCGUGGAUGCCUCCACUCGUGUGCAUGUGUUGCCAUUAUACUCACAACUGCCCACAAAAGAGCAGAUGAAGGUCUUCGAGCCGCCGCCUGAGAAUUCACGCUUGAUCAUUUUGGCUACCAACGUGGCCGAAACCUCGCUCACCAUUCCCGGUAUCAAGUAUGUCUUUGAUUGCGGACGAGCGAAAGAGAAGCAAUUCGAUUUAUUCACAGGUGUACAAAGCUUUCAGAUUGGCUGGAUUAGCAAGGCCAGUGCGAAUCAGCGAGCUGGUCGUGCUGGUCGUACGGGCCCUGGUCACUGCUAUCGUCUCUAUUCUUCUGCGGUUUACGAAGGUGACUUCGCCGAGUACACAGAUCCGGAGAUUCUGCGCACUCCCAUUGAAGGAGUUGUGCUCCAGAUGAAGAGCAUGGGUCUGCACAACGUCAUCAACUUCCCCUUCCCAACACCUCCCAGCCGUCAUGGUCUUGCCAAAGCUGAGAAGCUCCUGAAGAACCUGGGAGCUCUCUCCAGCGAAGGUCAAGUCACCCAGAUCGGUCGCCGUCUCUCCACCUACCCUCUCUCGCCCCGUUUCGGCAAGAUGCUCUACAUCGGCCACCAGCACGGCUGUAUGCCUUAUGUCAUUGCCCUUGUAGCAGCCUUAGCUGUGGGUGAUCUCUUCGUCAACCAGCUGGAAUUUAACCCGCCGCGGCCUAAGGCUUCGGAAAAUAAGAACGACGACUCUGACUCUAGCGACGACGAAAGGGCAGUCUACACCAACGCGGAUAGACUAGAGGAUACAGAGCGCGAGCAACGCGCCAAAGACUACGCUCGCGUGCACCGCCUUCUCAGCAAGCAUGACGACAACUCUGACGCCCUCAAAUACCUAUCCGCAAUCUGCGCCUAUGCCUAUGCCCCAGAUGGCGAUGCCUUCAGCGAACAAAUGUUCCUCCGCGCCAAGGCCUUCAAAGAAGCAUCCCAGCUCCGCCGUCAACUUACCGACAUCGUCCGCUCCAAUAAUCCAGGUCUUCUUGCUCCUUACGAAGCCAAAUUGCCGGAACCAACUCCCAAACAAGUCAAAGCUCUCAAACAAAUUGUCACGGCCGGCUUCAUCGACAACGUCGCUAUCCGCGCUGACCUGGCCCCAAUCCCACCGGAACAAGAACGUGCUCCUCGUCGCGCAAUUGACGUCCCCUACUUCACGCUCUUCCGCUCGCGUGAGGGUAACACCCAAGAACUCUCCGAGCGCGCAGUCUAUGUGCACCCGACCUCCAUCCUUUCCAAGCUCUCACCGAAGGAGAUGCCGCAGUAUAUCAUCUAUUCGCACCUCCAACAAUCUGCAUCAGUAGUCGCGAGCCAAACGCCCAAGAUCAGAAUGUUCCCGCUUGUCACGCCUAGUGGGUUGCAACUUGCUGCAAUUGCGCAUGGCACGCCGCUUAUCGAGUAUGGCAAGCCGAUUGGCAAGACGGAGGUGCUGGAAGGUAUCCCGCAGCGGAGGUCUUGUUGGGUUAUCCCCAGUCUUGUAGGAGAUGCUGGUGGAACUGGAUGGCCUUUGCCUGCGAAGAAGGUAGUGCAAAAGAAGGAUCCCAGAGAAGGAUGGGUCAUUGAGAAGUUCAUUGCGUGA